AAGCAGUGAACACAAGCCGGAGAUCAGCAGAAUCAGCAGGAGUCUUCAGUCAUGCUGGGCAAUCAGAAGCUGCUGAUCAUAUGGGUGUGGAUGUUGCUGUUGGCGUCGCUGUGCCCUUGUUUCCACUGUAAGCGGGGUUUUGGUGGCAGGGGCAUGAGCAAAGGAGCGGCACCGGCCAAAGCGCCUCCGUCCCAGAGCAAAGGCUCAUCAUCCAGGCAGGGGCUGAAGCUGGCAGGCGCGGCGGCUGCGGGAGCUAUUGGAGGAGCGGCCAUCGGCUACGGACUGGGCUCUCUGGGGAGACCGAGGUACGGCCACAACGGCUACUCUGACGGCUAUCACCAGCCCGUAUACAACCAGUCACACCGUGGGUAUUACGGGAGCACGGGCAGCUCAGAGCACAUGGGCAGCCUUCUCAUCACACUGGGCACGGUCGCUCACGUUGUUAUUAUGUGGGCUUGAUUUAGGCUUGAGGCAUUUCUUCUGAAUGAAAGACAAUUUAUUAUUUGAAACAAUAAUAAGAAAGGUUUUAAAAAGGAAGAUGCAAUCAUUUAUCGAGUAUAAUGCUGUUCGAUGAAAUGUAGGCUAAAGAAGACCUUUUUUGUUGUGUUUUUGAGUUGUUGCUAUAAACCAAACUUGUUCCUGGAGGGCCGGUGUCCUGCAGAUUUUAGCUCCAACCCUAAUCAAACACACCUGGACAAGCUAAUCAAGGUCUCACUAGGUAUACUUGAAACAUCCAGGCAGGUGUGUUGAGGCAAGUUGGAGCUAAACCCUGCAGGGACACCGGCCCUCCAGGACCCAGAUUGGUGCCCCCUGCUAUAAAGUAAUACAGCUUUGGUCAGAAGUUAACGAGAAUUGUUUAUUAUAUAACUCAUUACAUUGUGUUUAAUUACUACCCACCCCCACACUAGACCCCUUACAGCAACGUAAAAACAUCAAUUAUUGUUGUACCGUUUUACUAAAAUGAUGGUAAAUUGAUGUGUUCAUAGAAUCUGCAGGUGUAUUUCUUAUAGAGUUCAUCACUAGCUGAUGAAAGCUAUUUUCACUGAUCAGGGCUUAAUAUGUUCUGUCAAUUCAAAGAGGGUGGGAAAACGCAGUAUGCUGUGUGAAGAAAAUGUUUUAUGUGGAGUUUUCUUUCAAAAAAAAAAA